AUGCCGCCGGGCCUCACGAAGGAAGAGGCCCUACGAUGGGCGCUCGAGGAUUCGGCCCCGCAACCGCCACCUCCACCUCAGUCGUACAAUCCGUGGGAUGCUCCACCACCACCACCGGCGUCGGAUUCCCCACCACUAGCACCGGCGUGGGAUGCUCCACCACCACCACCACCGGCGUGGGAUGCUCCACCUCCACCAUCGGCGUGGGCUACUCCACUUCCACCACCGGCGACACCGGCGUAUGUCCCGUCAGUUGCCAACUGGUCGCGGAAGGUACCAGAGUUCGUCGUGAUCGACAACGACGAGUAG